UAUAUUUUUCUUUUUUUUUUUUUUUUUUCUUUCUCUCUCUCCAGAUCUUCGCCCUCCUUUAAUCUUGGCUAUGUCUGUUUUUGUACAAAAAGAAAAAAAAGAAAAGAAAAAGAAAAAAAAAAGAAAAUCUCUGAUCUUCGUCGCGUGUCCUUGUGAUGAAGAGGAAGGAGUGAUGAACGAAGGAAAAGGAGGAGGAAUUGAUGGACAAGGGGGACGAGGAGGAGGAGGAGGAGGAAACAAGGAGGAACAAGGCUGUGCCACGAAAACAAAAGGGAAGAGAAAGAGGGACCAAGAAAUGAUGAACAGACCGGGGCAAGGCGAGGGAAAGCGACGUAUAUAUAUAUAUAUAUAUAUGUAUAUGUGUGUAUAUAUGUAUAUGGAUGGCUGUGCCUGGUCUGUUAUCUCUCGAUGGUCGACAGCCGGAGAUCCAAUCGGUCACUUCUACUUCUUCUUUCUCUUGAUAUUUCGUCUUCUAUGUUAUUUAUAAAUACCGUUUAGAAUUACGUGUUUUAGCUGUUAAGUAUUAAUAGACUCGAUGCCGCUCGAUGCGCGCGAUUAAAGCUGGAGGAUUGGUUAAAUGUUAAGGAAAAAGGUCUUCCGGCAAGAAGCGACGCAAUUGUUAUUUUUCGAAAUAACCGAUUUCGUCCUCUUUCCUUCAUUAACGGUUAUCAGUAUUAUAAUAAGUAUAAGAACCGUAACCGAAAUUGCUCGUUCUUGCGAUUUAUAAAGUCAAAAAAUUGAUCAAAUUAAUUUUUAUAAUAAAAUUAUUGAUCUGCCGUUCAUUUUUGUUUGGAAUUCUUUUUUUUUUUUUUCUUUUUUUAUAAUGAAUAAAUUUAUAACGAAACCACGUAUUAUCAUAUCGGGUUAAGUUUCAAGUUUCGAUCGUUAAACGCUUGAACGUUAAAUUCUAGAUAGCUUUACAUACUUGUGCAGGAUGAAAAAUGUUUUAUUAACGUAUUCGAAUAUUAGGGCGAUAGGACUCGAUGCGAUUCGAUCGGCCAAAAUAUUUUUUAAACUAAAGCAAUACUGGAGAUUUUUCCUAGUUGUAAAGUAUUCGUAUUCCUUUAGAGGAAAACGUAAUUUAAUUUAGUGAUUGAUUGGCGCUUCUUGUCCGAGGACUCGGUAACAAGGUAUUGUUCAAAUGAGAUUCAUGGACGACGUAAACGUGCAACCCGAUUACCUCGAUUUUAGAAAAAACUUACUAGAGCAAAAGAGUACACACGGUUCGCCCUACGAUUCAUUCGAUCGAACGGGUGAACGAAAUGCGAGACGAUAUUCAAUCGACCACAGCAUUCCAGAAACGCCUGUGUGCAAGCUUGUUUGCGAAAACGUAAUAAAAAAAAAAAAAAAUAAAAAAAAAAAAUUAAUAUAUAUAUAUUAUAUAUUUUAUAUAUAGAAAUGAGGAGAAAAAUUACGUGGAACCUCCUCGCCUGAUGUUCAUACUAAACGUAACAGUUCUUUUUUUUUUUGUACGAUUAAUUUAUUGAAGUACGAUCACGAUGCCAUUUUACAGCUCGAGUUUAAGGAACAACUACUACGAUACAACAACUUAUUGAACAACGAAUAAUUAAAAUGUGGGAAAUUUCUUAUUGUAAUUUUUUCACGGUUUUUUCGAAAAACGUAGAAACAAAAUUAUAGGUGUAUGUAUGUAGAGCGCGAAAUUUCUCGUCUGACAACUUUAUUCAUUUUUAUCUAUUUUUAUUGUUAAUCUUUCGCAUCUUGACGCGAUAAUAUUAUAAUUGUGCGAUAGAUGCUUUUUUUGAAAGAACGAAAAGAGCCAAGGUUUAUAUCCUCGAAAAAAGAAAAAGAAAAAAAAAAUGAUAACUAUUAUAAUUUUAAAUGGAGGCCAAUGUUGUAGAAGAAGGAAACAAAUUGUAUAUAUAUAAAAAUCAAAUACGAGUAAUAGUAUUACGUAUCGAUUUACGUGCUCUAGGGAAAAAGAAUUUUCUUUCUUUUUCCUUUCUUUCUUUCUUUCUUUCUUUUUUUUUCCUCUCUCCCCUCUUCUUCUUCUUCUUUUUCUUUUUGUAUUAAACCAAACAUCACGCGUCGAUAGCCAACGCGCUAUAAUAUACGACAUCGACUGACGACUAAUGUACCUAGGACAUAUCAGGACGAAUCAAAUAAAUGAUAUUUAAUACAAAUCGAUGAUAUAGUUCAUGACAAUAUCCUGAUCAAUUUUUCCAGAACAUUUGAAUCUUCGAUGAUUGUCAGAUCGUUCGUUCAGUAUGUAUUACGUAUAUAUGUCAGUAAAUUCUUGUUUCUUUUUUUUUUUUUUUAGGUUAUAUUUUAUAAUAACAAUAACCUCGACGCUAUUUGACGUUUUUCGCUUAAAAAAUGAAAUGUUGAAAGUGAUUCGUGUCCUCGUAUCCCCUUCCAUUGUUGAAGAUUUAGAUUAUUACUUUUGAAUUAAAUUAUAUCGGUGAUUUACGUGAUAUAUAAAUGUAUAUAUAUAUAUAUAAAAUAAUAUUGAAAAUUAUACUAGAGUACGUGAUGUUUCUUAGAGAUUGAUUUUGCUGAAAUCAAUAUGACGUUACAAACGUGUCGUGAUCAACGAAAGUUGGGACAAAUGGUCGAUCAAAUGAAAAUACUUGCCAACAAUUUGGACGAGCUACGAGCUGAAAUUUCUGCAUUGAAGGCGAGCUAUUUAACGAAGAAGGACGAUCCUUCGCGUAACAGUGAUUUGAAACAAAAUUUAAACAAAAGUAGCAAGACUAAUGUUUUAAGUAAAUUAAAAAAAUAUAUGAAGAAGGUAAAAAGUAUGUAUUCGUUGAGAAAGGAGCAGAAACGAAGAAAUCAAGAGCCUUUCUAUCCUUGCUCGAAUAUCGAUCCUCCGAAUUUGUCCUCGUUUUUAAAUUAUAUUUUCCCUAACCAAAGAAAAGAUAUAUGGAAAUUGCCACCAAGAAUCAAAUACUUGAAAAGCCGUGGUAAUCAAACAAACGACAAGCAAGAAGGCCAGUGCACGACGAAAUCUCCGCCUACGCCAUUGCACAUGGAGCAUGAUAAAAAAUUGGAGGAUAAAAAUGAUCACGAAUCGUUCUCGCCCCCAAAACACGAGACUGGCAACACGAACAAGGUGAACAACCAUGAGCAACGUGAUAAAAUAGCGGUAAACGAUUGUCGAACAAUAACGAUUGUUCCACAUUGUUCCGAGAUAAGUUGCGAGUUAGAUGUACAAGUGGAGAACACAGUAUGCUCCUCCCCUAGCUCCACGGUGAACAUUUAUUCGGACUCGUACACGUUUGCUAGCAUCCCGCGAAACGGGAAUUCUGCACAAGUGUCCUCGUCGGAAGGUGUUGACGAUCCAGCCGGUAAGCAAUUUGUGACAAAAUCUACUCAAACCAAGAUAACGAAUUUGAGGCAAAACUCGAGCAACUCUUAUCUCAAACAGUCGAAUCUUUGCUUCUCUAAAAUAAAGAGUGCCGUGAUCACGAAAAAAGUUGUGAAAAAUUCGGACGAGAGCACAUUCACGAUAUGCGGGGAGGUGAAUGACAUGAAGUAUUAUCCAUGCACGAAGACAAACUGUAAUAAAUCCUCGUUCAACAAGGAACAGAACAGCUUUACCCAAUGGAACGAUCAAAAAACGAGCGACCAAGAUAUUCCUCUGGUGAAAACUGUUCAAGAUAUGAAGGAUAAUUUGUCCGAUGCGAGCAUGAACAAGAAUAUGUAUCAAAAUAUUUUGCCGGUAAAAGAUCCGGACAUAUCACCCUCCUUGGUUUCCUUGGAUUUGGAAGUGAAUAUUUCUAGCAUUUCCGCCAACAUCGAGGAUUCCUCGGAACGUAGGAAGCCAAGAACCUAUGUAAUACGCCAAAUAAGUGAAAAAAGUAACGAGAGUAAUUGGCUUAACGAUUUGGAAAAGAUUACUUAUGCGGGGCCAUCUUCCGACUUGAGCCUUUCUUGCUGUAGCUUCUCGAAUCACAAUAUUCAUUUUGAUUAAAAAAAAAAAAAAAAAGAAUAUCUAAUCACA